AUGACGGAUGCAAGUAUCAUUGAGGGUGUGGUGGACGCAGCCGACGCGUCUGCCCGGCUUCAGCUUCCCGUGGGAGAAGCGCUCCUCGCAGCCGGUGUUGUGGCCCCACUGGGAAAUCUGGCGGACCCGGGUUUUGGAGUCAAUCAUUCCAGGCAACAAGGUGUUUUUAGACGACUUGUGGCAGUCGGCGAGCAUGUCUGUGCAGUGCAGUAUCGCAAAGUACGCUUCAAGUGGUUUUCGAGUCACGACUUGGACAAAGUCUCACUGGAAAAGAACAAUCGGUGGAAGGUGUGUUGGAUUGUGCGAGGUCAGGAGAUUGGUGCAAACGAUAGGGUGGAAGCAGACCUACAAGAGGAGUUCGAGUUGGAGGACGGCAACUAUGAGCGACAGGUGUUUGGCACGGAGCAAUUUCUGAUAUGA